UCGUGGAAUCUGAACCGGAAGAAAACAAUCUGUUGAAAGGCAAUGAAAAAGAAAAACUGAUAAGAAAAUGCCAUAAAAGUCCCAGUAAUGGAAUAUUGCAGGGUCUGGUAACAAGUAUAUAAGGCUUUCCAACCCAAACACCAGACUCACCAGCUCCAAAUAUACUGUAAACAUCAGUAGUGUGCAGGAUUAAUUCUCCAAGCCUUCAAUUUUAGUUCAGCAGGUUAAUCAGGAAAAUGAGCUGGGCAGGAGGAGAUUGGAUGUGCCCUGCAUGCCAACACAUAAAUUUCAAGAAAAGGGAAGCCUGCCAACAUUGCAGCUACCCCAAGUAUGGUGGCCCUGAUCCAACCACAUUCACAUACAACCGGCCAGGGGACUGGUAUUGCAUUGCCAUGAACUGUGGAUCCCAUAAUUACGCUAGCAGGUCAAGCUGCUAUAGAUGUGGUGCAAUGAAGAAUGAUUAUGGUGGGGGCUAUGGAGCAGGUAAAAUGUACGGCUCUGAUGGCAGUGUUCCUCCUGGAUGGAAAAAUGGUGAUUGGAUUUGCAGUAGAAUGGGAUGUGGAGAGCAUAAUUAUGCUAGCAGGACAGAAUGUUACAAAUGCAAAACACCAAGGGAUUACGGUGGUGGAGUUUAGCCAAGAAAAUGCAAUUACAAAGACCAUUUUUUCUUUUGGCUGAUUAAAGACCAUCUUUCUUGCCUUCUAUUUGCAGAAGAAUAAUAAUGAUGAGCUUUAGAAUUAUGAUCACGUUCGAAGACGUGCCCCUAUUCAAGGGCUUAGUAAUGUAUUAGAAUUUGGAAGGCUUUCUGGCUUUUGUAUGAUUAUUGGUGUUCUUACAUGAAAAUUAAAGAAUCC